AUGACGCCAAAAAGUGCUUUUCAAGGCUUUUUCAUGGGGCAAAAUCUUGUUUGCAUUCUUCCGCAGCCAAAGCUGCAAUAUUGAACGACUCUUUCUUUGGCAAAAUGCUUCUCUUUGUUUUCCUUUGUGUUGAUGCCUUGAUCUUGUAUUUUUCAAACAACUAUGUUCUUCUUCCAUUGGGUUUUUGUUCUCUCAUAAACCCUGCCUACUUGUUAUUUCGUGGCUUUAAUUUUAGAUCCUAACUUGAUUGUCGUUCUUGGAGUCUAUUGUUCAUUGAUUUCUUUGUUAAGAGAAAGGCUGGUUAUGGAUUUAUGGGUAGUAGCCGUAGCUGCUGGUGCAGGAUAUGCAGUAAAAGCUAAUUACUUCAAGAAUUCUUCAGCAAGGUUAAGAGAACGCUCAUUUGAAUCCUUUUCUUUGGAUUAUUUUCACAGCCAAUCCCAGUCCUGGAAUUUACUGCAACGAAUACGGGAGCAAACUUGCCCCUUUUGCAGAUUAGGUAUCUGCAAGCAUUCAGCAACAGAUGAAUCAUUAGGUAGAGAUUUUAUAGGGGUUGCAAGUAGUAGUGCUACUAAAGGCGAAAUACAGUUACAGAGUCAUCGGCCUUAUGGAAGGGGUUACUUUCUUUAUUUAUCCAGUGAAUUGUUGCCUGAUUCUAUCAAACGAGAAGUGAGUUCGUUUCGAAGGUUAACAGCGGACAGGCAACUUGGGAAUAGGUCUAGAGGGUAUAUCAAUAAAUUCCUUGAUUCUUCAGAUAGUAUCCUCACUCCUGAAUUGUAUGGAGGAGACAUUGGGUUUGAAGAAUAUGAAUAUGCUUCACUACCAUCUUCAUCUACAGAAAUGGCACAGCCAUGGAUAAUCAGAGGUAGCCAUGACUUUGGACAAGAGAUGCCGUUAGAGAAAGAAAAGGGAUCGUUGAUGCUUACUAGAAAACAGAUGCAGUAUUUUGAUAUGGGACAGUCUAGGAGAUUUAGCAGGCCAAGUAGAAGGGUAACUGGUGGAUUGUUUUAUUCACAAGGGUCUUAUGAUAGAAUGCUUCUUUUCUUCCUGGGGAUAACUGUUGGAAUAAUGUCUCAUGUUGCCGCAAAUAAAAGAGAAGUGGACUACUUAAAUGAAUUGUUGAAGCAGAAUGAGAACUUGGUCCGGGAUUUAAACGAGGAACUUGUUAGUGAGGGUUCAAGCUUCCAGGGAACCACUGAAAAGCCAAGCAACAGCGCAUCAAGUAAAGUUUCCACAAAAAAGGAAUCGGACAAGUCUAUAAAAUUUUACGGCAGAGAGCCAGAUGAUGAGAAGGCAGCGAACUCUGAGGCAAUGAGUAAAAUUGAGGCAGAGCUUGAAGCUGAACUAGAGAGGUUGGAGCUAAACAUGAAAUCAUCUAGUUUAGAGAGAAUGCUCGAUUUAAUUGAGAUGGACCCCAACUUUGAGCUUGAUGUUGAGGGAGAUCUAAGCCCAGACGAGGGUCAUAAGAAACCUGACGAUUUAUCCGAUUCAGACGAUGACACAAGUGUAAGUUCUACUAAUCCCAUUUAUACAGCAAACUAUGCCGUAUCACCCAAGGAGCUCAGCUUGCGUCUUCAUGAGGUAAUUCAAUCAAGGCUGGUAGUCCGGAUCAUGGAACUCGAGGCUGCACUUGAAAAUAGCCAGAAGAGGUUAUAUGCCUUGGAGUCGGAUAGCACAAGCCCUAAGAUGGACUUGCAUGGUGAAGUAGAAUUAUCAUCUAUACAGCAAGCCCCGAGCUUCACUGGUGAAGGCAAUGGCGUGCACUGCCAAUUUGCUACAUCAGGGAAAGCUGAUGACUGAACACGAGAACAACAGUGUACUCUUGAAUUCUCAAUAAAUGCUGUCCUUGAUGAUUGAUCCAA